UAAGCAUACAUUUCAUUAAAUAUGUAUAAUGCUUAUAUCCACAUCAGGGACUUCAUCGUGAACUCAAAUGAGAACUUUCGGGGUUAGGAGCUUAACAAACCACAGAGGAGUUAAUUAACCUACAAUAAGCCUACAAUAAACAGUUUUUACAGGCCUAUAACAAGUUACUGGUUAUCCAGAGACGGUAUCAGUGUGUUAUCUCAGCGUUUGCUCCCCAAGGCUUCAUAACAGCUACACUGAACUUGAACUUGUGCUCUCCGGUCGGCGCGGCCAUGGCGGACAAAGGACCCGAAAGCAUGAAAAUGAAACGAGAAAUUGGGUUGAUUGGAGGCGUGGCACUGAUUUCGGGAACAAUGAUCGGAUCCGGUAUAUUCAUGUCCCCACAGUUUGUCCUGGCUUACGUGGGAAGUCCUGGAGCAAGUCUGUUGAUCUGGGCUGUUUCAGGAGUCAUAGCCAUGUUCGCAGCGCUCUCCUACACUGAGCUCGGCACAAUCAUCCCUGAAUCUGGUGGGGAAUUCAUCUACAUACUGAGAAUCUACGGGUCAUGUCCUGCUUUCUUUGCGGCGGUCACUUUUAUCUUGGUUGUGAAGCCGUUCGGCAUCGCGGCCAUGUCGAUUAGCAUCGCAGAAUACGCCACAGCACCUUUCUACGUGGGCUGCCCUCCUCCACAGCUGGUGGUGAAGUGUAUUGCUGCUGCGACCAUCUUGGUUGUUGCCACAGUAAAUAUCCUGAACGUGCGCAUUGCUCUAAGAAUCCAGGUGGUCUUCUUGGUGGCCAAACUGGUGGCACUGACAUGCAUAGUAAUAGGAGGGAUAGUGGCGCUCACACAGAGCAGCACUGUCAUUGUAGAAAAUCUGAAAGUAGAGAAUGCAUUCAAAGGGACUCAGUAUUCUUUGAGCACUCUAGGAAUGGCUUUUUAUCAAGGACUCUGGUCUUAUGCUGGCUGGUACAACUUGAACUAUGUCACUGAGGAGCUGAAAAGACCAGAGGUGAGACUAACACACUGGAAUGUGCAUCUGUGCUUAAGUCAGUAAAUAAUUCUUAGAUAGGAGGAGAGUCGAUUAAAGAUAGUUCGCUCGAGAGGGAAAGAAAGGGACGAAGAGAGACAUGUCUGUCGUUGUUUACUUUAGACAGGUUGAGGGUGGGUUUCUUCAGGAGAGGGUUAACUCUUGACAGGAAAGGGUUGAUAAGAUGGGUAAGAAAAGGAAGAAGAUUUGGAGUAAUAGUUUUUAUGUAGAUCUCUGUACUUUAUGUGCCAUUUUAAAUAGGAUAUAUAAAUAUACAGUAUAUAUUUAUACUGACAUAUACCAGUGAGAGAGGUUCAACGCCAAACCAUUUUUCUGCAGUUAUAAGAUACAGUUUGUUAUUAUUGUGACCCCUGUUCUGGGAAUCUGGGUCAUCGUAAAAUAAGUUAUAGAUAAUGGUUUAUCUUAAUCUUCAGAUCAUUUGUAUAAGGAAACAAGGACAGAAACAGUUGUGGUCCUGCAGGCUAUUACUUUCAAAAACGAAUCUCUUGUACAUUAUUCAAUAAUUAACCAUAGUGUUACCAGGACACAAAGUCAAGCUCAGCCACGACUGUAAACUUACUGCAGCAGAUCUCUGUGCUCAUCUCCUCCUGUGCAUUCAAUUGGCAAAGCUCAUUGAAGCCGCUCUUACUCUUCCUCUGUCCAUGGCAGGCCACUUCACAACCCUCCACCCCUGCACCUCCUUUUCAAACUCAA